UGCUUCCCCUACUAGUAGUAGGCUACCACGGAGCCCUGGUGCUUGCCGGCUCGAGUUUGCAUCACUGGUACACUUUGAUCUAUGGCGUAAAAUUAUGCGCUGACACAACGUGGUUAGCUUUGCAAUCUUUGAAUCUCUUUCGUAAGCCGGUUUGUCAUUCGAGUGUAAAACAGGAUAGAUAAGUGAUCUCUUUUUGUAAGAAAACAAAGAAAGAAAAUGGUUGGUGUAAAUAGUGACGAGACUGUGAUUGCGGAAAAUGGCCCUCAGAAAACGGCUAAGCAACUACAAAAGGAGGCUAAGAAAUUGGCCAAGUUGGAAAAAUUUAAACAAAAGCAGGAAAAAAAAGAAACUGAAAAACCGGCGAAUGUGAAAGAAAAACCAGAAAAAAAUGAUAAGAAGAAGGAGACUGCAUCAAACUUGUAUAUUAUUAAUACAGCACCUGGGGAUAAGAAAGAUGUUACAUGUCCAAUGCCAAAUACGUAUAAUCCGCAGUAUAUAGAAGCUGCAUGGUAUGCUUGGUGGGAAAAAGAAGGUUUUUUUAAACCAGAAUAUGGAAGGAAAGAUAUUUUGGAGGAAAAUCCGAAAGGAAAGUUUAUAAUGGUAAUACCACCACCUAAUGUAACUGGUCAUUUGCAUCUUGGGCAUGCUUUGACUAAUGCUGUGGAAGAUGCUAUUACUAGAUGGAAUCGCAUGAAAGGUCGUAUGACACUUUGGAAUCCAGGCUGUGAUCAUGCAGGUAUUGCCACUCAAGUGGUUGUAGAGAAAAAACUUUGGAAAGAAGAAAAAAAAUCUCGUCAUGAUAUUGGUAGAGAAGAAUUUAUCAAAAGAAUAUGGCAAUGGAAGCAAGAAAAGGGUGAUAGAAUUUAUUUGCAAUUAAGAAAAAUAGGUGGUUCCUUUGACUGGAGCCGUGCCUGUUUUACAAUGGAUCCUAAAUUAUGUAGAGCUGUGACAGAAGCGUUUGUGCGUUUGCACGACGAAGGUAUUAUUUAUCGCAGCAAUCGUUUAGUUAAUUGGUCAUGCGCUUUAAAGAGUGCGAUAUCGGAUAUUGAGGUUGACAAAAUGGAAUUAAGCGGUCGGAUCCUACUUUCUAUACCUGGUUAUGAGAACAAAGUAGAAUUUGGUGUUCUGGUAUCUUUUGCCUAUCAAGUUAUUGAUUCAGAAGAUAAAAUAAUUGUAGCGACUACACGCAUUGAAACUAUGCUAGGAGAUACCGCUGUUGCAGUACAUCCAAGUGAUAGCAGAUACAAGCAGUACAUCGGAAAAUACGUGCAGCAUCCAUUUUGCAAUAGACUUAUACCCGUUGUAGCAGACGAAUUUGUCGACAUAGAGUUUGGCACUGGUGCUGUAAAAAUUACACCAGCUCACGAUCCAAAUGAUUAUGAAGUGGGCAAAAGGCACAAUCUACCAUUUAUAAAUAUUUUUGACGAUGAUGGCAAUAUUAUUGGGAAUUAUGAAAAAUUUACGGGAAUGAAAAGAUUCGAAGCCAGAGUGGCUAUUAUUAAGGAACUGACAGAGAGAAAUCUGUUGAUCGCAAUAAAAGAUAAUCCAAUGGUAAUACCCAUUUGUAGCCGAUCGAAAGAUGUCGUUGAACCUCUUAUGAAACCACAAUGGUAUGUCAAGUGUGACGAAAUGGCUGCGCAAGCUAGAGAAGCAGUGAACUCAGGUGCACUGAAAAUAAUUCCAGAGCAGUUUAAGAAAACUUGGUAUAUCUGGAUGGAUGGUAUCAGAGACUGGUGUAUUUCACGUCAGCUCUGGUGGGGACAUCGCAUUCCUGCUUAUGCAAUUAGGUGUAUUAAUUCUCACAUGAACGCAAACAAGACAGAUGAAUAUUGGGUAAGUGCGCAUUCUGAGGCUGAAGCCAGAGAAAAAGCAGCUAAGAAAUUAGGUAUUGAUAUAAACGACAUUAUAGCGGAACAAGAUCCUGAUGUAUUAGACACUUGGUUCUCUUCUGCUCUUUUCCCAUUCUCCAUUUUUGGUUGGCCAGAUGAAACUCCUGAGCUUAAGGCAUUUUAUCCAAGUACACUGCUAGAAACUGGUCAUGAUAUACUCUUUUUCUGGGUGGCUAGGAUGGUUUUUAUGGGCCAAAAACUGUUGGGACAAUUGCCUUUCAAAGAAGUGUACCUGCAUGCGAUGGUGAGAGACGCACAUGGAAGAAAAAUGAGCAAAUCCUUGGGAAAUGUAAUAGAUCCUAUGGAUGUGAUUAAAGGAAUAUCAUUAGAAGAUCUUCAAAAACAAUUGCUAGAUUCGAACUUAGACCCGAAAGAGUUGGAACGAGCUCGGGAAGGUCAGAAACGCGAUUAUCCGCAAGGUAUUCCUGAAUGUGGUACAGAUGCUUUGCGAUUUGCUCUUUGUGCUUAUACCACUCAAGGACGGGAUAUAAAUCUCGAUAUACUCCGUGUACAAGGGUAUAGAUUUUUCUGCAACAAAAUAUGGAACGCCAUCAAAUUUGCACUUACCUAUCUCCAAUCGGAGUUUAGAUAUGACACAAAUGACACAAAUAACAGGAAACAUAAUAGUGCCAAUUACAUCGACAUGGCUGGAGACGAUAAGUGGUACCAAUGGGCUCUGAAUGAAUCAUGUGUACAGGAGGCGCUAAAUAAUUAUUUAGCAGAUUAUUCGUACCUCGAGGGUUAUACACCUUCGCAACUGGACUCGAAAGUUUACCAAUCGAUGAAAGAAUUAAAUAUUGAUUUCACAAAUCAUCUGCAUCUCAAACGUUGGUACAAUCAUAUGGCAACAUUUACGGAUGAAGAAAAAGCUGUUCUUCGUGCGGAACAAAAUAAAAUUAUACCGCAACUCACGUACAAGUAUCAAAUAAACAAUUACGAUGCGUUUGAGUUAGUUGGGAAUGAAACCGAUGUAGAUUUAUGGAUGCUGUCGCGUCUCAGUUACGCUGCCAGGACUUGUGACGAAGCGAUAGCGCAAUAUGACUUUGCGUUAGCCACUUCCACCUGUUACAAUUUAUGGUUGUACGAUCUGUGCGAUAUUUAUCUGGAGUAUCUUAAACCGAUAUUUCAAAGUGAAGAUAUUGCGGCUAAAGUAACAGCGCAAAAAGUAUUAUUUAAAACAGUGGACGUAGGAUUACGUUUAUUGAGUCCAUUUAUGCCGUUUAUAACGGAAGAGCUGUAUCAACGUUUACCUCGUGAAACACAAACAUAUGCAAGUAUUUGUGUAAGUCCAUAUCCGAACGGUGCUGAGUGUCACUGGAGGAAUCAAAAGAUCGAAAAAGACAUUGAUUUUGUGCAAAAAGUAAUUAAAAACAUUAGAUCUGCCCGCGCGACUUAUAAUUUACCUAAUAAAACGAAAACCGAAGCAUUUGUCACGUGUAACGAUCCAGCUCUGAAGGACAAGAUUAUGCAAUAUAAAUUGCUCAUAGAGACUCUGGCGUAUUCGACUCUUAGCAUGGAAAAGCCACCAAUAGGAUGUGCUAUCAUCACCGUAACCGAUAAAAUUCAAGUACAUCUCUUACUCAAGGGUUUAAUUGAUCCAAAGAAAGAGUUAGAGAAACUGCAAAAGAAACAAGGACAACUGAACGAGAUUAUACAGAAGUUAAAGCAGGAUUUAGCUGUGCCCGAUUAUGACUUGAAAGUGCCCUUCGAUGUUCAAAAGAAUAAUAAAGAAAAAUUGACGAACACCGAAGGCGAAUUGCAACGAAUAAUCGAUGCGCUAGUGGUCUUACGAACAAUGUAAAAAGUAAAUCCAUAGACAAAUUUGUAAAUCCUAAAACUUUUUCUGUUCGUAAUUAUAUGUAAGUUACUUAUUUUUAUAUAAGUUACUUAUUUAUUGAACUAUUUAAUAGUAAGUAACUUAUUUAUUGAACUAUUUAAUCGAAAAAGGAAUUUAGUUAAAAAUUAUUUUCGUACUAUCCUCUUCAAGCUAUAUUUAAAUUAAAUAUAUGGAGCGAGGAUGUCCCGAAAUAAUCGAAAACUGCUUUCAUGAAGCAGGGAUGAAUUCUUUCGUAAUGUAUUCAGCAAAUAGUACUGCACAGAGAAGAAAGAAUAGUGUUAACUCAUUGCGUUGGAAUCACGUAAUCUUCUAUACGUUUGCUUGUAAACCAAAAUCCAGCAUGUCUUAGCAACACACUUGCUCUUUUGAUACAAAUAUAAUGGUUAGGACUCAAAUUCGAACGUUUAUAUAUGUUGAAUUGUUUGAUCAAUUCCAAUCCAACAAAAAAUAAGCAUCGAGUUCGGACAUUU